GCCUGAUGGGACGGAUCCAAGAUGGCGGCGGGGCGGGCUGGGAGCGUCCGCGGCCCCCUGCAGCUUCUCCCUCAUUCAUUGCGGCAGUGACCGCCGAGGCGGCCUGAGCGCCGGGAGAGCGGGAGAGAGCGAGAGUCGGACCCGCCGGAAGGGAGCGAGACGCCGCCGGGCCUCUGUGAGAGGGCGGGGAGGAGUGUCGGGUCGGUGCCGCCGGCGCGGGCGGAGCGGACAUGGCCACCAUGGAGAAGCUGACGAAGGCCUUCGAGUCGCUGCGCUCCUUCCAGCAGCAGCAGAGUCCCGCUGCCAUCCCCGAGGAGCCGUUCCAGAGACCAAAGAAAGAACUUUCAACUAGCAAGAAAGAUCGAGUGAAUCAUUGCCUAACAAUAUGUGAAAGCAUAGUGGCUCAGUCUUUAAGAAAUUCUCCAGAAUUUCAGAAACUGCUGGGAAUUGCUAUGGAACUCUUUCUCCUCUGCAGUGAGGAUGCAGAAUCUGAUGUCAGAAUGGUUGCUGAUGAAUGCCUUAAUAAAGUUAUUAAAGCUUUGAUGGAUUCCAAUCUUCCUAGGUUACAGUUAGAACUGUAUAAAGAGAUUAAAAAGAAUGGUGCUUCCAGAAGUCUACGUGCAGCACUCUGGAGAUUUGCUGAGCUUGCCCAUCUCGUUCGGCCUCAAAAGUGCAGGCCAUACCUGGUGAACCUCUUGCCCUGUCUAACACGAAUAAGUAAGAGACCUGAAGAAUCGGUACAGGAGACACUGGCUGCAGCAAUACCAAAAAUCAUGGCAGCAUUUGGCAAUUUUGCAAAUGACAAUGAGAUUAAGGCUUUAUUGAAGGCUUUCAUAGCUAAUCUAAAGUCCAGCUCCCCUACUAUCCGUCGAACAGCAGCAGGAUCAGCAGUAAGCAUCUGCCAACAUUCACGAAGAACGCAGUAUUUCUAUGCCUGGUUAUUGAAUGUACUUUUAGGUUUAUUGGUUCCUGUAGAAGAUGAUCAUCCCACUCUUUUAAUUUUGGGUGUUUUACUUACACUGAGGUAUCUCAUACCUUUAUUGCAACAACAAGUAAAGGAUACCAUCCUGAAAGGUAGCUUUGGUGUAACAAGAAAAGAAACAGAGAUCUCGCCUUCACCAGAACAGCUUAUACAGGUUUAUGAAUUGACUCUGCAUUACACCCAGCAUCAGGAUCAUAAUGUUGUGACCGGAGCCUUAGAAUUAUUACAGCAGCUCUUUAGAACACCACCACCUGAACUUCUCCAUGCCCUGACCACUUCAGGGGGCAUUGCACAGGUCAGUGUAUCCAAAGACGAAUCUGCCAGCAGGAGCCGCAGUGGGAGCAUAGUUGAACUUAUAGCUGGAGGGGGGUCUUCAUGCAGCCCUGCUCUUGCAAGAAAGCACAAAGGUAAAAUACUUCUUGGUGAAGAAGAAGGUCUGGAGGAUGAUCCUGAAACCCGAUCAGAUGUCAGCUCUGCAUCAUUUGCAGCUUCUAUGAAGGGUGAGAUAACCAGUGAACAAGCUACUUCAUCAGGUGUAUCUCCAGCUGGGUCAGUUGGGAGUUCAGCCACUGAUUCUACUGGCCAUGAUAUCAUCACAGAGCAGCCACGUUCCCAGCACACAUUGCAGUCAGACUCUGUGGACCUGACAAGCUGUGAUUUGACAAGUACAGCUACUGAAGGGGAAGAGGAGGAUGUGCUUAGUCGGAGCUCCAGCCAGAUCAGUACUGUCCAGUCAGAUCCUACUAUGGACUUGAAUGAUGGUACACAGGCUUCCUCACCAAUUAGUGAUAGCUCUCAGACUACUACUGAAGGUCCAGACUCUGCUGUGACUCCUUCUGACAGUUCUGAAAUUGUUUUGGAGGGUGCUGAAGGACAGUAUUCUGGAAUGCAAAUCGGGCAGCUGCAGGAUGAAGAAGAUGAGGCUGCAAAUAUUCUCCAAGAUGAUUCAUCAGAGUCUUUCAGAAAUUCUUCUAUUGCUCUUCAGCAGCCUCACCUGUUGCAAACCAUGAGCCAUAGCAGGCAGCCUUCUGAUAGCAGCGUAGAUAGAUUUACAUCAAAAGAAGAUGCAGCAGAACCUGGUGAUCAUGAAAAUAAGCCCUCCAGGGUAAAGGGAGACAUAGGUCACUAUGCUGAUGAAAAUGCUGCUCCUUUAGUGCACUGUGUUAGGCUUCUGUCAGCAUCUUUUCUACUUACUGGGGAGAAGGGAGCUUUAGUUCCUGAUAGAGAUGUGAGAGUCAGUGUAAAAGCCCUGGCAGUAAGUUGUGUUGGAGCAGCUGUUGCACUUCACCCCGAGUCUUUCUUCAGCAAACUGUAUAGAACACCCCUUGAAGCAAUGGGAGAAGAGUAUGAGGAGCAGUAUGUAUCAGAUAUUCUGAACUACAUUGACCAUGGAGAUCCCCAGGUUAGAGGAGCUACUGCCAUUCUCUGUGGAACAAUUGUCAACUCCAUUCUGAUUAAAUCCCGGUUUGAUGUGGAAAAAUGGCUAAUGAAUAUCAGAAGCUCAACAGGAAAUCUCUUUUCCUUGGUUGACUGCAUACCUCUGUUACAAAAAACACUGAAAGAUGAAUCCUCAGUUACAUGCAAACUGGCUUGUACAGCUGUGAGGCAUUGCAUCAUGAGCUUGUGUAGUAGCAGUUACAGUGAACUAGGUUUACAAUUAAUUGUUGACCUCCUCACACUGAAGAACAGCUCAUAUUGGCUGGUAAGGACAGAACUUCUGGAAACCCUUGCAGAGGUAGAUUUUCGGCUAGUCAGCUUCUUGGAGGGAAAAACUGACAGCUUGCACAGAGGUAUUCAUCACUAUACUGGUCUACUAAAACUUCAGGAGAGAGUGCUUAAUGAUGUUGUAAUAUAUCUACUUGGAGAUGAAGAUCCAAGAGUGAGACAUGUAGCUGCAGCUUCAUUAAUGAGGCUUGUUCCAAAGCUAUUUUAUAACUGUGAUCAAGGACAGGCUGAUCCAGUUGUGGCAGUAGCAAGAGACCAAAGCAGUGUCUACCUGAAACUACUAAUGCAUGAAACACAGCCUCCAUCUCACUUUGCUGUGAGCACUAUCACCAGAACAUACAGAGGUUACAAUAUGCUGCAAAUUCCAACAGAUGUCACUAUAGAAAACAAUCUCUCAAGGGUUAUUGCAGCAAUUUCCCAUGCGUUGACAAUAUCCACUACAAGAGCACUUACAUUUGGCUGCUGUGAAGCUUUGUGUCUUCUCUCCACAACAUUUCCAGUGUGCACCUGGACUGUGGGAUGGCACUGUGGUGUUUCCCAGACAAGUCCCUCAGAUGAAGCUCAGAAGGGCUGCACUAUUGGAAUGGCCGGCAUGGUCCUGUCCCUCCUUUCAUCAGCAUGGUUCCCACUGGACCUCUCUGCACAUCAGGAUGCUUUGAUUUUGACUGGAAAUUUGCUUGCAGCAUGUGCUCCUAAAUGCUUAAAGAAUCCCUGGAGUGGUGAAGAAGAUUCAAACCAAGGUGCUGCAAAGCAGGAGGAACCAUGGCCAGUUCUGGCAGAUCGAGUUCUUGUUUCUUUAGUAGAACAGCUCUUUUCUCAUCUGCUGAAGGUCAUUAAUAUUUGUGCACAUGUAAUGGAUGAUGUUGCUCCUGGCCCAUCUGUAAAGGCAGCGUUACCUUCUCUCACAAACCCACCUUCUCUUAGUCCAAUUCGGAGAAAGGGCAAAGAGAGGGAGUCUGUUGAACAGGCAUCUGUGCCAAUGAGCCCUAAAAAGGGUGGUGAAACAAGUCCAGCUACUAGGCAAACUGAUGCUACUGGGCCUGUUCCAACAAGUAAAUCAUCUUCAGUGGGAAGCUUUUAUCAUCUUCCAUCAUAUCUGAAGUUACAUGAUGUCUUAAAAGCAACCCAUGCUAAUUACAAGGUUACUUUGGAUCUUCAGAACAGUAAUGAAAAGUUUGGAUGCUUCUUACGAUCUGCCUUAGAUGUUCUGUCUCAAAUUUUGGAACUUGCUACUCUUCAAGACAUUGGAAAGUGUGUAGAAGAAAUUUUGGGAUACUUAAAAUCAUGUUUCAACAGAGAACCAACAAUGGCAACAGUUUGUGUACAGCAGUUAUUGAAAACAUUAUUUGGGACAAAUCUAGCUUCUCAGUACGAUGGCUUAUCUUCAAACCCCAACAAAGCUCAAGGCAAAGCUCAACGCUUAGGUUCUUCCAGUUUGAGACCUGGUCUCUAUCAUUAUUGCUUCAUGGCACCAUACACACAUUUUACACAGGCCCUUGCUGAUGCUAGUCUAAGGAACAUGGUUCAGGCUGAGCAGGAACACGAUGCUUCAGGAUGGUUUGAUGUGCUGCAGAAAGUUUCCACGCAGCUAAAAACCAGCAUUACCAGUGCAGCAAAACAUCGUGCUGAUAAGAAUGCUAUUCACAAUCACAUUCGUUUAUUUGAACCCCUUGUCAUAAAAGCAUUGAAACAGUAUACAACAACAACAUCAGUACAGUUGCAGAGACAAGUUCUGGACUUGCUUGCUCAACUGGUUCAGCUUCGAGUUAACUACUGUCUUCUGGAUUCAGAUCAGGUGUUUAUUGGAUUUGUGUUAAAGCAGUUCGAAUACAUUGAAGUAGGACAGUUCAGAGAGUCUGAAGCAAUUAUUCCUAAUAUCUUUUUCUUCCUGGUCUUGCUGUCUUAUGAACGUUAUCAUUCCAAGCAGAUAAUUGGAAUUCCUAAGAUCAUUCAGCUAUGUGAUGGUAUCAUGGCCAGUGGGAGAAAAGCUGUUACACAUGCAAUACCAGCUCUGCAACCCAUUGUUCAUGAUCUCUUUGUGUUAAGAGGAACAAAUAAAGCUGAUGCUGGAAAGGAGUUGGAAACACAAAAGGAGGUGGUAGUGUCAAUGCUGCUGAGACUGAUUCAAUACCAUCAGGUGCUAGAAAUGUUCAUCUUAGUAUUGCAGCAGUGUCAUAAAGAAAACGAAGAUAAAUGGAAAAGAUUGUCACGGCAAAUAGCUGACAUUAUUCUUCCAAUGCUUGCAAAGCAACAGAUGCAUAUAGACUCUCAUGAUGCUCUGGGAGUACUGAACACUUUGUUUGAAAUUUUGGCUCCUUCAUCCCUUCGCCCUGUGGACAUGCUUUUAAGGAGUAUGUUUGUUACUCCUAAAACAAUGGUAUCGGUGAGCACUGUCCAGCUGUGGAUUUCUGGAAUUUUAGCUAUCCUUAGAGUUCUGAUUUCACAGUCAACAGAAGACAUCGUUCUAUCACGUAUACAGGAGCUUUCCUUCUCACCCUAUUUGAUUUCAUGUCAAGCAAUUAACAGACUGAGAUGGGGGGAAAAUAACACAGCCACAUCAGAGGAUCAUACUGAUGCUAAACAGGCUAAAUAUCUGCCUGAAGAGACAUUUUCUAGGUUUUUAUUACAACUGGUUGGCAUUCUACUGGAAGAUAUUGUUACCAAACAAUUGAAAGUGGACAUGAAUGAGCAACAGCAUACUUUCUACUGCCAGGAGCUGGGCACACUGCUUAUGUGUUUAAUACAUAUCUUCAAAUCAGGGAUGUUUAGAAGAAUCACAGCUGCAGCCACCAGGCUUUUUACAGGAGAUGGAUCUGAUGGUAGUUUCUAUACCCUUGAAAGCUUGAGUGACCUCGUUCAGUCCAUGAUUCCCACACAUCCUUCUUUAGUUCUUCUCUGGUGUCAAAUCCUGCUGCUUGUCAAUUAUACCAACUACAACUGGUGGUCAGAAGUUCAUCAAACUCCAAAGAGACACAGUCUUUCUACAACUAAAUUGCUUAGCCCUCAGAUAUCUGGAGACAGUGAUGAGUCAAAUUCAGAAUCUAAGCGAGGCAUGUGCAAUCGAGAGAUAGUGAGAAGAGGAGCACUCAUUCUUUUUUGUGACUAUGUUUGUCAAAACCUACACGAUUCAGAACACUUGACCUGGCUUAUCGUGAAUCAUGUUCAAGACUUAAUUAAUCUGUCCCAUGAGCCUCCAGUACAAGACUUUAUUAGUGCUGUUCACAGGAAUUCAGCAGCCAGUGGUCUCUUCAUCCAGGCCAUUCAAUCCCGGUGUGAGAAUCUUGCAGCUCCCUCAACCCUGAAGAAGACUUUACAGUGCUUAGAGGGAAUACAUCUCAGCCAGUCUGGGGCUGUCUUAACAUUAUAUGUUGAUAAGCUGCUCUGUACUCCCUUCCGUGUGCUUGCUCGCAUGGUUGACACGCUGGCCUGCCGGCGAGUGGAGAUGCUUUUGGCUGCAACUUUACAGAACAGUAUCGCUCAGUUGCCUGUUGAAGAAUUGGAUAGAAUUCAGGAAUACCUUCAAAACAGUGGAUUAGCAACAAGACACCAGAGACUUUACUCGCUCUUGGAUAGGUUUCGUCUUAUGGUAGCACCAGACACAACUAGUCCUUCACCUCUGGUUACCUCACACCCCCUAGAUGGAGAAGACCAUCCAGCUUUAGAAAAUGUGAUUCUAGACAAAGACUGGUAUGUGUCUCUAGUGAGGUCACAGUGUUGCAUCAAGUCUGACUCAGCACUACUGGAAGGUGCAGAGCUGGUAAAUAGGAUUCCUCAGCCUGACCUGAACUCCUUCAUGACCAGCAAGGAGUUCAACCUAAGCUUGUUAGCACCUUGUUUAAGCCUUGGCAUGAAUGAGCUAUCAAGAGACCAAAGGAGUAGCUUCUUUGAAACAGCCCGGAGGGUAACUUUGGAUCAUGUGUCUGCCAUUGUGGAAAACCUUCCUGCCAACCACCAAGUUCUUCAACCGCUAUUGCCAACUGAGCCAUCACCCUACUGGAAAAAACUAAAUGAUAUCUUUGGAGAUGAGGUGCUGUAUCAGUCUAUGAUGACACUGUGUCGGGCACUGGCUCAGUAUUUGUUGUUACUCUCAAAACUACCAUCUGCUCUCCGUGUUCCUUCUGACAAAGAAGAUGAUAUCCUGAAAUUCAUAGUUAUGUCUGUAGAGGCACUCUCAUGGCGUUUAAUGCAUGACCAGAUUCCAUUAAGUAUAGAUCUUGAAGCUGCUCUGGAUUGUUGUUGUCUGACAUUACAGCAUCCCAGUCUUUGGAAUUUGUUGGCUUCUGCAGUUAAUGUGACAUAUGCAUGCUCCCUAAUUAAUUGCAUUAGAUUUAUCAUAGAAGCAGUUGCUGUUGAACCUGGCAAUCAACUUCUUAGUCCUGAAAGAAAGAAGAAUACUUCAAAAGGCUUAAGUGAGGGUGAAGUUGACUCAAACAUACUGAAAACUAAACACAUUACUGCAGCUUGUGAAUUGGUAGCUGAGAUGGUGGAAAGCUUACAGACUGUCUUGGCACUGGGACACAAAAGAAACAGCAGUAUUCCAGCAUUUCUUACUCCUGUCCUCAAGAACAUCAUCAUCAGUUUAGCAAGGCUGCCUCUAGUGAACAGCUACACAAGAGUACCUCCCUUGGUCUGGAAAUUGGGCUGGUCACCAAAGCCUGCAGGUGACUUUGGCACAGUUUUUCCUGAAAUCCCUGUAGAAUUUCUUCAAGAAAAAGAAAUCUUUAAGGAGUUCAUCUAUCGCAUUAAUACUCUCGGAUGGAUCAGCCGUACUCAAUUUGAAGAGACUUGGGCCACUUUGCUUGGUGUGCUUGUAAGUCAACCUAUUGUAAUGGACCAAGAGGAGAACCAACAAGAGGAAGAUACAGAGAGGACCCAAAUUAAUGUUCUUGCAGUACAAGCCAUAACUUCCUUGGUGUUGAGUGCAAUGACAAUACCUGUUGCAGGCAAUCCAGCUGUUAGCUGCUUGGAACAGCAGCCCCGCAACAAAGCUUUAAAAGCUCUGGACACAAGGUUUGGGAGGAAGUUAAGUGUUAUCAGGGGAAUUGUUGAACGGGAAAUCCAAGCAAUGGUGUCUAAGAGAGAUAAUAUAGCUACUCAUCACUUGUACCAAGCUUGGGACCCUGUUCCAUCACUUUCUCCUGCUACUACAGGUGCCCUUAUCAGUCAUGAAAAGCUCUUAUUGCAGAUCAAUACUGAACGAGAAAUAGGAGAUAUGGAUUAUAAACUGGGACAGGUCUCUAUACACUCCAUAUGGUUAGGAAAUAAUAUCACUCCACUGAGAGAAGAAGAGUGGGGUGAGGAUGAAGAAGAUGAGAAUGACAUACCUGUUCCUUCCUCACCACCAACCUCUCCUGUUAACACCAGGAAACACCGUGCUGGUGUAGAUAUACAUUCUUGUUCUCAGUUCUUGCUUGAACUGUACAGUCAGUGGAUCUUACCAUCAAACCCCAGCAAGAGGACACCAGUCAUCCUGAUAAGUGAAGUGGUGCGAUCGCUUCUGGCAGUAUCAGACUUAUUUACAGAAAGGAAUCAGUUUGAGAUGAUGUAUACAACAUUGACAGAACUGCGAAAGGUGCAUCCAUCAGAAGAUGAGAUUCUUGUACAGUAUUUGAUACCAGCCACUUGUAAAGCUGCUGCUGUUCUUGGAAUGGAUAAAGCUGUGGCUGAGCCAGUAAGUCGACUGCUGGAAUCAACCCUAAGAAGCACCCACAUGCCAAGUCGGAUUGGAGCUCUGCAUGGAAUUCUUUAUAUCCUUGAGUGUGACUUGCUUGAUGAGACAGCAAAGCAACUCAUUCCAAUUAUCAGCGAGUAUCUACUCUCCAAUUUGAGAGGAGUAGCACAUUGUGUGAAUAUCCAUAACCAACAGCACAUUUUGGUAAUGUGUGCAGCUGCUUUCUAUUUGAUUGAGAAUUACCCACUUGAUGUAGGGCCUGAAUUCUCUGCAGGAAUUAUACAGAUGUGUGGAGUCAUGGUGUCUGGGAGUGAUGAGUCAACACCAUCAGUUAUUUAUCACUGUGUCCUGAGAGGAUUAGAACGACUCCUUCUCUCAGAGCAGCUUUCCAGGCUGGAUAGUGAAUCCCUAGUUAAACUGAGUGUUGACAGAGUGAAUGUGCAGAGUCCCCACAGAGCAAUGGCAGCACUUGGAUUAAUGCUGACUUGCAUGUACACAGGAAAGGAAAAAAUCAGCCCGAGUCGUAACACAGAUGUAAAUCCUGCUGCUCCUGACAGUGAAUCUGUGAUUGUAGCUAUGGAACGAGUAUCUGUCCUUUUUGAUAGGAUCAGGAGGGGAUUUCCUUUUGAAGCUAGAGUGGUGGCUCGGAUCCUUCCACAGUUCCUUGAUGACUUUUUCCCUCCACAAGAUGUAAUGAAUAAAGUUAUUGGAGAAUUUCUAUCCAAUCAGCAACCUUAUCCGCAAUUCAUGGCAACUGUAGUUUAUAAGGUAUUUCAGACACUACAUAGCACUGGACAGUCCUCAAUGGUCCGUGACUGGGUGAUGCUGUCUCUCUCUAACUUUACACAAAGAACACCUGUGGCAAUGGCAAUGUGGAGUCUUUCCUGUUUUUUUGUCAGUGCUUCCACCAGUCAAUGGAUUUCAGCAAUUCUUCCACACAUUAUCAGCAGGAUGGGAAAAUCUGAGCAAGUGGAUGUUAACAUCUUCUGUUUGGUGGCCAUAGACUUUUACCGGCACCAAAUAGAUGAAGAGUUGGAUCGCAGGGCAUUCCAGUCAGUGUUUGAGGUGGUGGCAUCUCCAGGAACUCCCUAUCAUCGCCUCCUCACUUGUUUGCAGAAUGUCCACAAGGUCACAGCAUGUUGAACACCCUGAAAUGUAAUGGAACUGCAUGACUAGCCUUGGAAUCUGGUAUGAAUUUUAUGGAAUGCAAGAUCAAGAAAGUGUCUGGGGUUGCAUUUGUGAUAAAUAUGGACCUGUCCGUUUCACUUCCAGAAUGCAUGGACAAAUGCUCUGCAGCACUGGAAAUCACCUGAAAAAUCUAGCAUAGUUCUUGUUCUUGACACCAGGCACCUGUGAGGGGAAAGAAGUACAUCAUUGUUUUUCAAGUCAAGUGGGAUUAACCUGAGACACAUUUACAAACUGUAAAAUACAAGCAAUUGCUACAUGCAGGGUAACUGGUAUUUCUCUUCUUCCUAAUGUUCAGCUGCAGCUGGAACAGUAUUGCAGCUGGUAACUGACAGAGACACUCUUAUUGCAAGCUGCAGUCAUUAGCAACUUCAUCAUUUUAUGUACCUGUAUAUACUGUUGUGUAGUACAGAAUAGAAAUUAUUUCCUAAUGUCUCUCCCAAACAAGGAAAAGAGAAAAUAGCUUUCAUGAGUUACACUUCCAGCAUGUAAUUCCUGUCUCCAGACUUUCUGAUAUCCUGUGGUGUAUGUGUUGGUGGCAUUGGAGAUCUAGUGCACAUACCUAACCGGACAUUUUUCUUUUUUCUUCUCAGGAUUUAAAAUUUGAGUACAGUAUAUCAGUAAAAUUAAUUUUAAUUUAAAUAUUUCUAUAUCAUGUACAGUAUGUAAAAUUGUAAGAUGUGCGGUGCAUGAACUGUGCUGUAAUUUGAGAUGAACAGAAGCCAUGCAACUGAAUGUCUUGACGUCUGUAUUGUUCUCAUGGUUUUUCCCUUGUGCUUGAAUUCAUGUUCCUUUUGAAAAUCCAUCUUACUGUACAGAUUACAUCUUGUUUUGCAUCUCACCUUUUCUUAAAGUGCUUUAAAACUGGAAUAUGUUGAUUAAUUUGUCUUGAGAAACAGUAAUAAGGAGGCAUUCUUGUGACCCACUUUACUAUAGUUUUCAUUGGAAUUCCUUUAUUUUGAGACACAGCAGUAAAAGAGAGGACUAGUUACUAGGAUCAGUCUUUAACUUAAGAAAAUGCUCUUACCUGCUGCACAGCAUUUUAAGAGACAAAAUGGUGCAAGAUCCCUAGUAGUCAAAACCAUUUGAGCUUUCCUAACUGAGGCCACGGAGUCAUCUGGAUUCAAGCCACUCAUUUCAACAAAUUAAUGAUGGUAAUUAAGAAUCAGAAGGCUGCUUAUAGUCUACUUUGGAACUGGCUUUGGUGGUAGAUUACCUGUAUGGUGUUAUUACCUGUUGUAUACAUAAUGCUUUAGGCACAAACACAAUACACAUGUCCACAAAUUUUAGGACACUACACAGGGCCAGAUUUAGCUUUUACUUGCCACCCGUGCAUCUAGCACAAUUUACCUUGGUUCUCAGUCAGUCACAUGCUAUAUUUAACCUCUCUUCAUUUUCUUGUCACACCUUUUGGUGACACUCGGAAAAAUGAGAUGGUGUUGUCAGGAGGAGCAUGUACUGUAUGUAUUUCUGUAUAUAUUGUAUAUGUUGAAAUUAUACACAUGUGAGAACAUUUAUUGUAUACAGAUGUGUAUAUUUGUAUUUAUUAAAACCCCUGUAUUUAAACUAAUUUCAACGUAGACCAAAAAUUGUUGCUUCUGCCCAUAAAUUGGUUACAAAGGAAUUAUCUGCUGGUGUCACUUCCUCUUAUGGUAGAUGAAACCAAUGGUAUGGGCAGUAGAAACAACUGAUGUAGAUGUUGCUGUAUUUAGCACUCUGCAGAUCUUACUAUCUAGAGCAUUUAUUUCUGCCCUUAGCUGGGUUACUCUUCUUUCUUGGGCCACAGCACUGUGGUGGUUUUUAAAAGAAACUGAACAGGACUUCAGGAAAAGGUUUAAUAAAAUAGAUACUGUUUGAAAGUUUUUGAGCUAUAUUUGGAAAUUAUCAUAAUUCUGGUAAGAAACUAAUUCAAGGCAGUGAGAUGUAAUGCCCUGUGCUUUCAUUAAGGGCAGUAUAGAUCACUCUUCCCUUUUGUAACCACCAGUAAUCAUUUUGUACUGUAAACCCACACACCAGUCAGUUUUUGUAUGAUAUAUAGUUUAAGUGAAGAUAUUUUUGUAAGCUAUUUUCCAAAAUUUAAAUAGAUUUUAGUAUAUUUUUAAAACAUCAAAUUAGUCAUUCUCACCAUAUAACAGUGUAUGUUGUGUUACAAACUGUUAAAUUCUUCAUUGUUUUAAGCUCCUCAUGAUUAACACAGAACAGCUGGUUACUUUAUCUUGGGAUAAUGGGAGCUAGCCCCUUUCUCAAACUUACCAAACAAAUAUGGAGCUUGCCACGGAAUCUUUGAAGCCAGUGAAGGAAUACAUUGAUUUAAGCAGUCAGCAUGGCUGGAUGAAAAACACCCUUCCCUCAAAAUCCCAUUGAUGCCUUCAGGCAAACAUUUGUGGUACCUAUUUCUAGUCAAGCUUUAGAGCUGACGCAGUUGGUUCCAACCUCAUGCAGAUUUACUGGUAUUACCAACUCCAUCUGUUUUAAUUCUUCCUGCAGGUUUGUCAUAGUAUGCCUCCUGAAACAUGUCCCAAGCAUGUAAAGAAGGGCGUAUAUCCUCUUAGGAAAUUCUCAUUGAACUGAAGGGAGUGUAACUUAAGGGUCUUCCUGUUGUGUGUGCACACAGCAGUAGUGCUUCAAAUCUCACAUUUCACUGGCAGCAGACUUCUGUCUCCUUCCUAGACACACUUUAUCCACCCUCAUUUCUGUAUUGAAAUCAUAUUUAAAAUCAUUCCUUCCUGCCUCUACUGACAAGAGCCCAGGGGUAUGGGAUAGGGACAGUAACAGCAAUACAGUGGCUACUAAGAAAAGAUGAUGUUGGAUUAUCAAAAAAAAAACAAAAUCUAAAAAAUCACUGAGAUUGACUUAAGGCAAAGUUUUAUUUCACAGAAAAUUUUUAACUUGAUAUAGACAGAAAGCUAAUUCAGAAAAUCAGGCUGUUAAGGUUUUCAUUGUGAACAGGUUAGAAAUAUGUUUUGUCUUCAGACUUAUGUUUCAUUUGGUGUCCUGGCUAACCAAAGCAGUUUCUUUAAUGUGCUCUGCAGUGGAGCUGGCUACGUUACACUGUUGAAGGAUUGGAGGUAUGGCAUGGCUGGGAGUAGGCUUAAGAUGGGUUAAUGUUUAAAACUUCAUUUAUUAUUCAGCUGUCAAAGAACCUGCUUUACUGAAUCUAAAAUGUGGCCCUCCUUUGAGAACUAGUUAGCCAUGUGUAGUUUUGAGGCCCAUUAAAAAAGUCUGAUUGCAUUUCAUGCCCACUUCCUUGCCCAGGGUACAAGAGUAAAGAUUUGGAAACUGCGACCACUCUUGAAGCAGUUCUUAUUUGUGGGAUUCAAAGUAUUUUCUUUACUACUUAAGAUCAUCGCCAGUUGAAAUUAUGCCCAUUGCCACUGAGUUUAUUUAAAUCUUCUCUAAAGUGUAUUUUCAGAUAUCAUUUCUUGCCUAGAGCAUCUAGUAAAUGACUGUGUAUUACUUUUGCUUUAGUAGGAAUGUGUGCUCAGCACCAAGAUACUGCUCAUUUCUUAACCACCAACAGCAUUCCUAAAGCACUGAGUAAUGGAUGAACAGAUUUAGAUCAAAGUGAGAAACAAAUUGAACCUUUUGGGUUAAAAGUUAUUUGUUGAUACUUAGUAGGUUUGCCUUAAAAGCAUUCUGUCUUUCCAUUCUCGUUUUUAAAUGGCUGUUAACUUUAUAUAGCAGAUAAGGAGGUUGUGUCAAAAAUACUGCAAAGACUGUCACUGUUCUCAUGUCUUGAGAUUUCAUGGACCUGUCAUGGCUAAGCAUUUAUGCUUACUAAAACAAAAAAAAAAGGGUAUAAUGAGCAAUAAAUACAGCAAUAAGUAUAAUUAAAUUUGGUCAUUCAACAUCUUACACAGUGGUUGAAAGUGAUGGGGUGGGAGAAAAAAAGGUAACUGAUUCAAGUACAUCCAUUUCAUGAAGCAGACUUCUUCCAUGUACAAUCCCAACUGAACAUUCUACUAAAGGUAGAAAUCAACUAAGUGACAAGGGCAGGUGCUUUGCUCUUCUACUUUAAAAAGUAUUUUGGUUAUAAGAAUACAACUGAUGAAUGUUAGAACAAAGUACUUUGGUACUAUUUAGGUAGGUUAGUUAUUUUAAAGUGAAAGCAAGCAACUGUAAGAACUAGAAUAAGCAAUGUAGCAAAAUUUUGGGGAAGUCUGAUGUGCUAAUUUUACAUAUUACUGAGAUUUCAGGUGAACUCUUUGUGCAUGCUACCUUAAAAUCUCCAUUAAAAAUUGUGAGAAUCCCACAGUCAUACCCAGAAGAGCUGCUAUUGUAUGUCAAGCUUCUGCUAUAUGCAAUUUAACUGGGUAUAAAUGCUGCAGAGCAUUUGUGAAGCAUGUGCUGGUUUUGUCACGUGCAUUUUGGGUGCACUUAUCAUUCCCAUCAGUUUGUGUGUGCAUUACCAUGGAGCUGGGUCAGCUGAAGAAGGAUAAGGUAAACCACGUGUGACAUGCACCCUGUGCUGGUGUCUUCUGGAGUUUGAGGGCAAUGACGAGCGAAAGCUUGGAGCCCCGGCCACAAAAGCAAUUGUACUCAAAGGAAAAGGAGAGCAUAUGAUUUUAGAUGUAUGUUUUAAGUUUUUAAAAAAUAAUGCUGAAAAUACUGCACAUUGAAAUGAAAAGUGAAAAUAAAAUAUAACUUAC